UUCCCCUGCUAGUUCACACAAUGUUCAAAAGGCACAAGUCCCUGGAGCGCAAGAGGGAAUUUUUAUUCCAGGGACUUCCACAGUCCACAAUGAAGAAUAAUACAAGAAAUUUCCACUCUCUGUCACAACUUGUACUCUCAGCAGGCCCGCUAAAGACAACCCGAACACUCAAACUUUCUAAAACAACUCACUUUGAGAUUGAAAUACUGGAUGCUCAUACAAGAAAACAGAUAUGUGUUGUGGAUAAGGUACCUCAAACAUCAACUAUUCAUGAUGUCAAACAAAAAUUUCACAAAGUGUGUCCAAAGUGGUAUCCUUCCCGAGUUGGUCUACAACUAGAAUAUGGUGGCCCCUUUUUGAAGGAUUAUGUCACUAUUCAAAGUGUUGCAGCUUCCUCAAUUCUCACACUCUAUUUUACAGACUUAGGUCGACAAGUCAGUUGGACCACAGUCUUUUUGGCUGAAUACUCAGGACCUCUGAUAAUAUACAUUCUUUUCUACUUGAGGAGCUCAUACAUAUAUGAUGUGAAAGAGAUCUCUCGAUGGCCUCGACACCCUGUGGUACACUUGGCCUGCUUCUGCCAUUGUAUCCACUACAUCCGACACCUUCUGGAGACAUUAUUUGUCCAUAAAGUUUCUGCAGGACACAGUCCUACAAAAAACUUGAUAAAGGGAUGUGCAUUUUAUUGGGGAUUUACUUCAUGGAUUGCUUAUUAUAUUAAUCACCCAAGAUAUACACCACCAUCAUUUGGAAACAGGCAAAUAAUAAUAUCUGCUAUUAAUUUUCUGAUUUGUGAAGCUGGGAAUCAUUUUAUAAAUACAGUGUUGGCUCAUCCCAACCACACAGGGAGCAAUGCCUGUUUCCCAAGUCCAAAUUGUAACCCCUUUACAUGGCUGUUUUUCCUGGUUUCCUGUCCUAACUACACCUAUGAGAUUGGAUCCUGGAUUAGUUUCACAGUAAUGACACAAACACUUCCAGUUGGUAUUUUUACAAUUUUAAUGAGCAUCCAGAUGUCUUUGUGGGCCCAAAAGAAGCAUCAGAUAUAUCAGAAGAAAUUCAACUCAUGUGUGCAUAGGAAAUCAGCAAUAAUUCCAUUCAUAUUAUAAGAAAAUAUUGUGAUAUUCAUCUGGUCAAAAAGGGAGACAUCUAAAUUCACUAAUAAAGUUUUGGGAAAAAAAUAAGCAACUACUAGAAUACAAUAAUUAAUUAGCAAAAGUAUUUUUAAUGCAAGAAAAUGAUGAUAGAAUUUGGCUAAAAACAGUAUGAACUAGGGGUAAUAAAAGGUAGGAGUUAAAUUGGCAUGAUGAGUCUUGCUGAAUAACAAUACACUAAAACUUGAACCAGGAUGUUUGCCAUGAGGGUGAGUUCACAUGCUAGGUUAUGUUGGAUAGUCCAUCUUACAAUGAAACAGAAGAGAACUGAAAGCUAAAGUUAUGAAAAUAAAAUAAAAUAUUAAAAAUAGCAUUGAGUUAUUUGCAAGAGCUUGAUCUUAAAAUAAAGUCUUAUUGAAUGAAUAUUUAAUAGAACUAUUUCAUAAGGUAAUUUAAUUAUCUGGUGUCUGGUCUGGUGACCUGGCUCAGUGCGUAAGAGAUUUUUUUUUUUUAAUAGUGAGAACUUCCCAUAUUGUAUUUGACCCUUAAAAACCUCCUUCAUUAUUCCCUUGGAUUUUGUGGUGAUUUUUUUUUUUUUGGUUGGAAUGUUUCCAGUUUUACAUUGCUAUGUGACUAAACAUUUUAAUAGGUAGACAUAAUUGUUACUUGAGAAAUGUCAUCUUUAAACUAGGUGAUUAGUAUGUGACAGUCAAAACAGCAACCCAAACGCUGUCACUACCCUGAAAGAAACCGUAGACCCAAGUCUACAAGAAAAUAAACAAUUUGUGUUACUACAUCCAAAUUUUUUAUCUUUUAAGAGGGCAUAAACUGGUUUGAUAGACACAUCUUGGUUUUAAUAAUAAAAAAUAGUAUAGGUCAUAUAAGUACAAAAAAUUUAAAGUUACAAAUAAAAACCAAUUAAAUGCAUGUAUGAAAACAAAGCUAAAUUUACAUCAUUUAUCAUGGACUUACCUCUUUGGUUACAAAAAACAUAAUGGGACAAAUAUACAGUAUCCAACACACAAAAAUUUAGAAGUAUAUUGAAUCCGACUGCUACAGUGGAUCGUCUCUAGAGCCAUUUCCCUGUUAUAGGUUUCAAGAAUGCAUUGCCUCUCCAUCUCUAGCAUUUUCCAGGAGUGUUCUUUAGCUGAAGAAUUAAAAAUUCUAAAAUUUAAAACACUAUGACUAGUUGGAGAUGUGUAAUUUUUUUAUGUCAUGGCACUUUCACAGAAUAAAUUAUCCAUUAAUUUGUU